AUGGAGGGGGUAAAUGAGGGCUCCGAUGCCGAGGAGGAGGCGCGCCGCUUCCUGCAGCCCGACGAGACAGCGGGGCAGCUGCUGGCUCGGACUUAUGUGGAGCCGCUGCACACCGGCCUGCCGCUCAUCGAUCGAUUCCUCGCCUUUCGAGGCGGGCAGGUGCUUGAGGUUGCCUCGGCGGCGGGCGCCGGGCGCACCACCGCGCUGCUGCAGGUGGCAGCCACAUGCAUCCUGCCGCAGGUGGCUGGCGGCGUGACGUUCGGCGGCAAGGGCGCGGGCGUGCUGUUCUUGGAUUUGGAUGCCAAGCUGGACCUAGUGCGGCUGCUGGAGAUGCUGGACACACGCAUCUUUGCGGCGCAGCAGGCGGCGGGGGUGCUGGAGCCAGACACGAUGCCCGUGCUGGCAGACUGCUUGAGCCGCUUCCACUUGGUGCGCUGCCACGGCAGUUUCGAGAUGCUGGCGGCGUUGUGUUCUGCACAGCCUACCCUUGAUGCCCUGGCGGCGGCGCCCGGUGGUCUGGCAUGCCUGCUGCUGGACAAUGUGGCCACCCACUACUACCUCGACAGAUCAGCGCGGGGCCCGCCGUCGGGUGGCAUCGGGGCGGCGAGCAGCUUGUUUGGUGGCGUGCCAGACCUGGCGCGAGAGGGGGCGCCCCUCACCCUCUUCCGCGUGCAUGCUGCGCUGGCUGCCGAGCUUCGGGCGCUGCAGCGGCGCUACCGCUUGCCAAUCAUCGCCUCCAAGCACCUGGUGCUGCCAGGUGGCAGGGAGGCAGACAAGGAUGGCUGGGCACACCGCGAUCCCAUGAUGAAGCCCUGGCAGGACCUGGUGACGCACCGGCUGCUGCUGCGCUCAGAUGGCGGUAGCAGGAGCAGCAACAGUGGGGGAGGAGGCAGAGCGGGUGUGGUGCGGCUGGCCAAGUGGCAUGCGCCAGAGGACCCUGCUGUCAUCCGCUUUGAGAUUCGCUCUGAGGGCAUCCUGCUGUCCUAG